AUGAGCCACAGACACGACCCACUGCGGCUUCAGGCAGAGCUGCAGCAGGAGACAGAAGUCAAAGAAAUGUUGGAGGAGUCUGUGACAGAGCUGAGGAGGACCCUGUGUGAGCUACAGGAGCGGCUGCAGAGCGUGGAGGUGGAGGGGAAUGAAUGGAAGACCAGGUAUGAAACACAAGUGGAGCUGAACGGGCAGAUCAAACGGCAGAUCUCGCUCAUAAAGGAGAAGUUAGAGGACAUGCAGGGAAAUCCUAUUGAUCGUUUGGCUUCUAUACGUUCUUAUGAGGAAAUGUCUACAGAAACAUUAAGUCAGAGACUGCAGCUGUUGACCAGCGAGAAAUCAGACCUUCAAACCCAACUCCAGGACUGUCAUCUCCAGAUCGAACUGGAGGGGAAGGCCUUUCACAAAACCAAUGAUGAGAGGCGGGCGUUUCUGUCGGAGAUGGCAAAGUUGUCGUCAACACUUGAAGUCCCGAGACAUCGCACGAGUCUUCCACAUGGACCAGUGGAAAGCAGACAGAGAAGGGUGAAGCCGAGCAGCCGGAGAGCGGAGGCUGCGGAGCCCGGUCGUCAGCCGCAGGGUCCUGGAGGUGAAGUGGGCGGAGCUUCAGCAGCAGGAGUCACAGCAGAGAGGAGAAAAGAGAAGAGGUCCCAGAGGGGGAGCAGGUUACCCACGCUCCAACACUACCUGAAACACUAG